AUGAAUAGGUUUUGCUUUGAGGCUUUUGACAGGAUAAUGCGAGAUAUAAUGGCAUCUCAAAAUAAGGACAACAUUGAUAAACCUUUUGGAGGUACGACAAUAGAAGAUCUAUGCUUCUAUAGUUCUACAGUUAGUUCUGUCUUUCCACCUACUAUACACCCCACUUUUUUUUUAUCAACAGAAGUAAACUAUAUAUCAUUACUUAUAUUGUCUCUUGAUUUGAGAAGUAAUCAAGGAUUUUCAGUUGUGGCUACUACAAGGAGGUUACCUUCAGAUUCUGGUGCCUUUGCGGACUGGGCAGCGACAGCUUCCUCCGGUGCUGGUGGUGGUGGCGGCCGCGCUGUCCCCGUCGACGACCUCUCCCUCGGCUUCAAUGCGGGUCCUGCUGCCGCCGCCACCGGACCCACCGCCGGUAUGUGGUCCACCCAAGCUAGGUCAAUCAAUUACCCCGAAAUGGGGAUGUUCGUCGUGGCGCCAGCUUCUUCCUUCCACCACCACCACCACCACCAGCCGCCGCAACACGAUCCCUCUGUCAUGGCGGAUUCCCUUAACCCCGCCACUGCACUCGGCGUCGGCGUCGGCGUCAUUCCUCUCCUCGCAGCCACGCCGUGCCUCGAAUCCGACAACAACAUCCUCGGAAGUAGGACACGUGGCGGCGGGGGAAUUCAGCUAUGGCAAGACCAACAACAACACCAUCAAAGCCACUACAUGAAGAAGCAGCUGCAGCAGGGUCUUCUCGACCAUAAUAGUAAUACCAGUUCGGGGAAUUUGAUUCAGAACAGUGGCGAGGUAACUGCUUCUGGAACUAGUAGCGGCGGAACAACGUGCCAAGAUUGUGGAAACCAGGCAAAGAAAGAUUGUACCAACAGAAGGUGUAGAACCUGUUGCAAAAGCCGAGGCUUUGAUUGUCCUACCCACGUUAAGAGCACUUGGGUCCCCGCCGCACGCCGGAGAGAGCGCCAGCUAAUGACGUCGGCCACCGCAGCUGUCGCCGGUUCUAGUGGCUCCACUUCGGGCACUAAAAAACCUAGGCUCAUUGCUUCACAAACCACAACAACUUCCCACACUUCCACUUCCAACACCACCCCUCCUAGAAGCUUUGACACUAGCUCUAGCCAUCAAGAUGCGGGGUUCAAAGAGUCAUUACCUGGGCAAGUACGUGCACCAGCGGUUUUCAAGUGUGUAAGAGUGACGGCGGUGGAGGAUGGGCAAGAUGAGUAUGCAUAUCAAGCUGUGGUGAAGAUUGGUGGCCACGUGUUCAAAGGGUUUCUCUAUGAUCAAGGGGUGGAGAAUAGGGAUGUGUAUCCUAACCUAUCUGAGUUGCAUUUGGGUGGUGGAAGUGGUGGUGCAGGAAGAAAUGGGGUUUCAUCUUCAUCUCCAAUGAUGGAUCCUAAUGAUGUUUAUGCAGCUUCUGGUGGAGGGUUAUUAGGGGGUUCUUCAGCAUAUGGUAAUCCAAUGAAUUGAUCUGAAAGUGUCUGAAAAACUGUGUCUUUCCGAGUGCAAGAUAUUAGUAGAUGGGCUUGGAGAGGCUGAUGAUCUUUUAAUUUUUUUCUAGGCUUUGUAUCUUUAUUGCAAAUGUCACUUUUUCUGUCUGCCAUUUUUCAACUUGAUUUUAGUUCUAUAAUUCUUUCUCCCGCCCAAUCUGGCCCUUGUCAUUGCAUGAGAUCAUCUGUUUGUGACAAGGAAGCCUCACUAUCUUCUAACUGUUAAAUGAAAUUGUUUCUUAUGUAGUAAAUUUAACUCAAACUGGAAAGCAAAGGUGAUUAAAACUUAUUUUACUUGGUUCA